AUGGAUACCUGUCAAAGUAGCAGGAAAGUAAUACAACUGGAAAUGGAUGCGGGAGCAGCAGUAUCGAUAAUAUCGAAUAAAGAUUAUCAAAAGCAUUUUAAAAAUGAGAAGCUCACACCUACUGCUAUAAAAAUGAAAACGUACACGGGUGAGCCAUUAAAACCACUUGGGCUGUUACCAGUUGAAGUUCAAUGUGGAAAUGAAGCUGCAAAAUUGAAAUUGUAUGUGGUCGAAAAAGGGGGACCACCAUUUAUGGGAAGAGAUUGGAUCAGAGCAUUGAAAGUUGACUGGAAUGAAUGGGACAAUAAGGCACGUCAAGUAACCUUCGCCAUGAGACCAAGAAUUGGAGAAGAGUUGAAUCGUCUCGAAAAAGAAGAAAUAAUUACCAAAGUACCACAUAGUGAUUGGGGAACACCUAUUGUAGCUGUAACAAAACCAAAUGGUCAAAUACGUCUCUGUGGUGAUUUCAAAGUAACUGUUAAUCCAGCUUUGAAGAUUGAUCAAUACCCAUUCCCAAGAGUUGAAGAAAUAGGACUGUAUCGUGUAAAUAGAAUGGUUUAUGGAAUUGCAUCAGCUCCAGCUAUCUGGCAACGGGUUCUGGAACAAAUUUUGCAAGGAUUGCCUAAAGUGGCAUGUAUAUUAGAUGACAUGAUCAUCACUGGAUCAAAUGAUGAAGAUCACCUCAAGAAUGUGGGAAACGUCUUAAAGAGAUUAAAAUGGGAGAAACUUGUCAAAGCAAUUGUGGAUGCACCGCGUCCUGAAAAUGCAUCUCAAGUCCGAGCAUUCACUGAUGAUGAAGAAUAUUCUUUACGUUGCAUUUUUGAAGUAUUGCCCGUCACAAGUACGGAAAUAAGAAAAGCAACCACUAAUGAGCCAAUAUUGUCUAAAGUGGUAGAUUUGGUCCUGAAAAGUUGGCCGAACAAAAUCAAAAAUGAUGAAUUACAACCAUAUUUCAAUAGAAGACAUGAACUCAGUGUUCAUGAAGGAUGUUUAUUGUGUGGAAACAGAGUUGUAAUUCCACCUAAAUCACGUUCAAGAAUUUUAGAAGAACUACAUGAGUCACAUCCAGGCAUAGUCAAAAUGAAAGCAUUGGCUCGAUCAUAUGUCUGGUGGCCACAACUUACUAACUCAAUUGAAAAUAGAGUAAAAGAAUGCGCUUCUUGCCAGGGAACGCCAAAAAUGCUGAACUACCUAUGUGGGAAUUUCCCUCAAAUGCGUGGGAACGAAUUCAUGUUGAUUUUGCAGGACCGUUCAUGGAUAUGA